AUUAUACAUCAGUGUGCUGGGCAGGGUUUGGGAAUUAACGGGCGUACUGUUGCAGUUAUUUUAAUCGCUUCGAUCAAAACAGUGAUUUGUCGACUACACUUCAGGCCUCGGCCUCAAGGUGGAGCAGAACAAAGUAGGUGGUGGGGCAGGAAGGCCUAGCCCCCCCCAUCCUGACAAGAGGCCAGACCCAGCUUCUGCUCCAGUAGCCCAUAGCCUCUUCAGGACCAAGCAGGGACCAUGAGCACAGGCAAGCCCAGCGGAAUCAAGCCUCCCAGCAAGAUAAGCAGGCCAACUGGAUUACCAACACGCACCUCCCCUUCCUCUACUGCUCCAAAGCCUGUUCCUCCUGAGAAGUCUCCCACCCAGGAUGGAGAAAUGGACUACCAGGUGGGGGAGAAGGUGUGGGUCAACGGCAACAAGCCAGGAUAUGUCCACUUCCUGGGGGGCACGCAGUUUGCCCCAGGCCAGUGGGCCGGCAUCGUCCUGGAUGAGGCCAUCGGAAAGAAUGACGGGUCGGUGGCGGGGGUCCAGUACUUCCAGUGCGAGGACGGCAGAGGAAUAUUCACACGCCCCUCCAAGCUGACCAAGACGGCUAUGCCAGAGAUGGAGGCCAACUGUGGGCAGCCUAACCCUGGCGAGACAGGGGCAAACUCCCCUACCGCUGCUGCUGCUGGGGCUGCUAAUACCACUGGUAACAGCACCAAGACACCGCUGAGCAGAACCAUGACGGGCAGUGGGUCAGUGUCCAACCUCUCUGAGACAGACUCAGCCAAGAAGACCAGAAGAGAAUUGAGACUGGGAGACCGCGUGCUGGUUGGAGGUAAUAAGUCGGGGGUGGUGAGGUUCAUGGGGGAGACAGAGUUUGCCAAGGGGGAGUGGUGUGGAGUGGAGCUGGACGAACCACUUGGGAAGAAUGAUGGAGCCGUGGCUGGAUCCAGGUAUUUCCAGUGUCUGCCGCGGUACGGCCUGUUUGCGCCGGUCCACAAGGUGAGUCGUAUCGGCUUCCCCAGCACCCUGGCUAAAUCCAAGGCCUCCUCACGGAGACACUCCACCAUGAAGAGGAGUCCUAGCGCCUCCUCCUUGAGCUCCCUGAGCUCUGUCACCUCCUCUGUUAGUGGGAAACCCAGCCGCUCUGGCCUGCUGACCGAGACCUCUUCGCGGUAUGCUCGUAAGAUCUCUGGCACUACAGCGCUACAGGAAGCCCUGAAGGAGAAGCAGCAGCACAUCGAGCAGCUAUUGGCCGAGAGGGACAUGGAACGCGGGGAGGUCGCCAAGGCAACCAGCCAUGCUGGGGAGGUGCAGCAGGAACUGUCACUGCUCACGAAGGUUCAGGGGCAGUAUGCUAUGGAGAUGGAGGCUAAGCUAGAUCAACUGCGUGAACUGGUGGAGACAGCAGACAGAGACAAGGUGGAGCUUCUGAACCAACUGGAGGAAGAGAAGAGGAAAGUGGAAGACCUGCAGUUCACUGUGGAGGAAGCUUGCAUCACUAAAGGUGACCUAGAGACGCAGACCAAACUGGAGCAUGCCCACAUUAAGGAGCUUGAGCAGAGCCUUCUGUUUGAAAAGACCAAAGCUGACAAACUGCAGAGGGACUUAGAGGACACUAGGGUGGCCACAGUGUCUGAGCGGUCUAGGAUCAUGGAGCUGGAGAGAGAGGUCGUGGAGCUGCAGUUGAGACUACGGUCCUCCCAGCAGACAGAGGGUGCUGUGUCGCUGUCACCAGAGGAGCUCAGCGACCUCAARGCCCGKGCCCAGUCCCAGGAGAAGAAGAUCAGCGAAAUUAGUGUGGAGCUGGACAACAGGCAGGAACAGCUUCGCUCUGUGGAGGAGGACAAAAUCUCCCUGGAACAGCAGCUAAUCAGCCUGAGACAGAAACUGGACGCUGCAGAGAAAGACAACACGACGAUGGCACAAACCAUGCAUGAGCUGGAGAAAAGAGUGGCGCAGGCGGGAAAAGAGAGGGAGGCACAGAGAGAAGAGAACCAAGGCAAAGAGAAAGAGCUUCAGGAUAGACUGACGCAGGCUGCUGAGUCGUCAGAGAGGACCACCCACUCCGUGGAGCAGCUAACCAAUGAGAAGACAGCGCUGGAGGCUCAGCUCGAGGCGCUGAAACGGCAGAAUUCCAAAUACCAGGAAGAACUCAGUCUCUCGCAGGAGCGGAGCAGCUCGGAAAACCAGCGCAUCGGAAAUCUGUGCAAGGAAAUUGAGGAACUGAAGCUGAACAGUCAUAAGUCUCAGUACCAGCAAGACAUGAAAGACAGGGAAACUCUAUCCAACCAGGAGACAGGGGAGGAGAGAAACUUCCAGAAGACAGAUAAGGACAAGGAGCUGGAGACUCUGAGGAAUGAGAUUGUGGUGCUGCAAGGUGAGAACGCCAUAGCCAAGACGCUGCAGUCUGCCGUUGAGGCGCUGGAGAGAGACAAGGCCCAACUACAGGGAUGUGUCACCAGCCUGGAGCAGAGGCUCAUGGGACAGCAGGCCUCCGAGGGAGGGGACAGUGGAAUGCCUUCCUCAGGUGACGCAGUUCUGGACCAGCUGAGAGAAGAGAAGGAGUUUGCAGAGGGACAGAUUAACUUCCUGAACAGUGUGAUCGUGGACCUGCAGAGGAAGAACGAGGAGUUGAAGGUGAAGCUGAAGAAGAUGGUUCUGGCUGAGUUCAACGGCAACGACGGCCCUGACGGUUUGGAAGAGUGUGGAUCUAAGAAGGACAAGAAGGCUCCUCCUCGUCUGUUCUGUGAUAUCUGUGACUGUUUCGACCUCCAUGACACCGAAGAUUGUCCGACCCAGGCCCAGAGCCCUGACUCAGUGCCCCACUCUUCCUUCAAGGGCAAGCCAGCCGACCAGCGGCCGUACUGCGACAUCUGUGAGGCCUUUGGUCACUCCACAGAGUCCUGCCAAGAUGACCAGACCUUCUAGACUCACUCUCAUUCAAAGUAUCCCACCCCUGCCCUGCACAGAACGCCAAACACCGACCAGACUCCCUCUGGGUUUUUAUAUCGUAUUUAUGUACGUCACUCACUGUCAUAGUCCACUUAGGUAACUCAAAAAAAAAAUCCCCCGCUCCCUAAGACUUUCCUAUUACUUCUACUACUUCCUCUCACUAACUUUUCUCUCCUCCCUCUCCAGCUCUCCUUUCCUCGCUUUCCUCCUUCUCGCUA